AUGAGGACAAGCGAGUAUAACUACAUACCCCAUGAGGACAAGCGAAUGUGUCGUACUUGGCUGAAUAUUGCGGACUGUCAGGAGCAGCGGGGAGACAAAUAUGCAGUUGUAAGUGACUCUCUUGUCAAAGGCUUCCACUGUGCGAAAGAAGCCAAACAUAGGAGAUUGCAGGUGCAUGUUUUAAAGACUUUGUUAGAAGUCCAGAAGGCUUAUAAGCAGUCUACCAAACAAGUAGCAGAGAAAUGUCAGCACCUUAAAGAGAAGUAUGAUGUGAGCAGCGACCUUUCUGAAGAAGAGAAUCAGGAUUCACAAGGAUCUGAUGAUGACAACAUAAGCAUUGACCAAUUGACAGAGUCAGAAAAAAGUUCUGAUGAUGAAGAAAAAGUAAACCAAGUAAGCAUGCCAGUCCGUGGUAUAGCCAAGAGAGUUACUACAAAGAGAAAUGAAAAGGGUGAAACCCCAUUACAUCGGGCAUGCAUUGAAGGAAAUCUGAAAAAAGUCCAGAAGCUUAUUGAACAGGGGCACCCAGUGAAUCCUCGAGAUUACUGUGGCUGGACUCCACUCCAUGAGGCGGCCAAUCAUGAUCACUGUGAGGUUGUUGGCUUCCUCUUGGAACAUGGAGCGGCGGUGAACGAUCGUGGAGGACAACAUUGUGGCGGAGUUACACCUCUUAUAGAUGCAGCAAACUGUGGUAACCUAGAAGUGAUGAGGGUCCUGAUUACACACAAGGCCAACACACUGGCCAAGGAUGAUGAGGGUAACACAGCUCUGUCAUGUCUCAGACAGUGGCGUGAGAGGUGUGACAGUGCCUUGGAGAGUCAUGAACUAGUGGCUUAUGAAGAGCUACACCAGUUGCUGAGUUCAUGUGUUGGAGAAAGAGUGACAGCAGCUAGUAGAUCUACGAAGGAUUUGUCCUUGGAGUUGCCUGACCUGUUGGGGAGGAGUAAAGCUCAGAGAAGUACUUCACCAGAGAUGGGUUCCCUCAGCAGACCAGCCCGCACAAAGAAGAAAAGGAGCUUUAACAUGAGGAGAACGAUGUUGUCCGACGAUUCUGGUGAUAGUGAUACAGAAAAUGAUGGAAGGAAUAAGACAUCUCCACCACCACUGGAAGAGGAUGAUAGUGAGGAAAUGUACCCUAACCCUUUAUCACAAGUUCCAGAAACAUCUAAUGCCACUCAGUCCUACAGACAGGCUAUCUAUCAGGUAGGGAGCAGUGCUAUACGGCGCAAGACACCACAGCCAUCGAACUCAAGUCAAACUCCUCGACAAAGCAAAGACUCAACAGCCUUGAUUUCUGUAGAGGAAUUUGUGGACGAUGAUUGGUUAAUUGAUGAUCUUCAACCAAUGAAACGAAGGAGGAUUGAUAUUGAUAAAGUAUUUUCUACAAAUGGUACAAGAAACAAGAGUUCAAUAAAGGAGAAAAGAAAUGUUAUAGACUCUGAGAGUGAAGAGGAAACUAGAGUAGAUGAUACAGAGGAUACUGGUUUGACUGUUACUCAAAUCAUGCCAAAUGUUAGUUUAGACACAAACAUGGAGAACUCGAAUGAUAAUGAUGACUUAAUACUGCUGAAUGAGGAUUUCUCUGAUGAGUUACCGCCCCUUACAUUGUCAACUUCUCGGGUUAGUAGAACUAAUGUACUCUCACCUAUGCCUGAUCAGUCCACGGAAGCAAACACACGUGCUUUGGCUAGUAAACCAAGACAAAUGAGGAUGACUCAAUUUGCAAUUCGACAUACAGACAGCUCACAAUCCAGCAUUCCACCAGAGGUAAACUCUCAGAUGAAUGGGGUCAGUUUGACAACAACCCCAGGUCAGGUCAUGAGGGUCAAGGUCAGAGUCAAGGACAAACUCCUACUUGUGCCAGCUCCUAAUGGUGGGGAAGGAAAGUCUAUUGGAUGGUUAGCUCAGGAGUCGUCCCAGAGAUAUUACAGUCUUUGUGGUCUACGUCCCUUUCUCACUCUCACAACAAAGGACGGAGCUUUCCUUGCUCCUGAUGACCCCAUCAGUCUUGUCCUGUCAGCAGAUGAGGAGGUCCAAGGGAGAGUUGAUAAUUGGGAUAUGCCCCCCUUAUCCCAACGGUAUGACCAGGCAUGCAGAACACUUCAGGCUGUGAGUUACAGAAAUGUGAGGACCAUCCUACAAGCCUGUGAUACAGGGGGUAAUCUAGAACUACAGAAUUUGGCUCUGAGUCCAGCCCAAGUCCUCCCAGUGUUCAGAGCUAUUCAAUGUCAGUCUAACCUCAAAGAUCUCAAUCUUACAGGUAACCGUGUUGGAGAUGCUGGGUUGGAGGGACUUUUGAGUGUGCUGGCUUCACUUCCCAAUCUUACCUCUCUUUGUCUGGCUGGAAACAGAAUC